AUUUAUUCGACAUUGGUCGAAGUCGAUAUGCCUCAGAGAACCUCCCCGGCAUUCUUUUGGGCAUUCAACAGUCGUGCGCUGAUCGUUACUCGGAGUGGAAGAAUGACUUGUCCACUCAUUUGAAAAAGAAUGGUCGAGCACAUCCUCCUGCUGGUUUGGUGGUGGAGAAAUGGCAGAAGGCGCUCAAAUAUUUUGAUCGCCCUGAAGUGAAGAGGCGUUCUGAGACUAACUCUGCGAACCGUGCAAAACAAAAACAGAGAAGCGUGCAGGGUUCACAGUCUACGCCAGCCCUUCGUUACAAGAAGCGUGAUUUACAAACUGGGUGUCUUGCUGGGGUUCCAGAGAUUUGGAUGGCGACUAAGUACAUAGACGGGGAAGGUUGGGUGAGCAAGGCAGCAAAAGAUAACUAUGAAAAGAUGAUAGAGAUACGUGACACUCUGCAGUCACAAUCAUCUACGAACGCCUCUGCCUCGAGUACUAUCCCGAGAGAAGAUGAUGACAUUAUUCUUGUUGAGACGGUCUUUGGACGUCGUCGAGGCUUUCAGCCGGGUCUUGGUCGUAGGAUUCGCACGAGGGCGAAUUGUGAAGCGGCUGAGGUACCUCAACCAGCCCAACCACCUCCGUUCGCACAAGACAUGCAAGAGGUGAGGGAGCGACUCCGAGCCAUAGAGGAGCACUUGGCUAGGAUUGGUGGAGUCUCGGGAUCUGGAUCUUCUCAGCAAGGUCCUGGUGCCGAUCCUACAACACCUAGUUAA